AUAAUAUUCUAUGCUAGUUUAGCUUAAAUAUAUCCAAUUAUCCUAAACAUGAACCGUGGAUAAUUGGGUUGACCAAUUUCAAAAAUGACCAAUAUGUACUCCGUUUUGUGACUUCAGAGAAAAUGUCAUACAUUUUAUACAGUUUUAUAAUCUCUUGUACUAUAAUUUAUGUUUGUUCCGAUAAACUCAAGGAUUAUGGUUCAUUUGGCCUCGUAGUUACGAAAGUGGAGCUCUGCAAAGGACCAAAACGGAAAGAUUGCAGCAUAUACCGUGUGAAACUACAUAAUAACGUCACUAUUAACUUUGAUGUCCAGAUCACUGAGAACAUGUCGCCGGUUAAGGGAAAAGUACUGGCGAUAUCCAAAGGCAAGGAAUUUUUGAGGCUACAGAUUAGCAAGCCUUGCGAACAUAUAUUCGUGAAGCCGAUCAUUACAUCCUUGUUUAACAUUACGAAUAACUGCAUUAUUAAGAAGGGCCGAUAUUUAUUUACGAUUAAUUUUGAAGAGGUUCUACGGGCGUACUACGGCGGCAUGCAUUUUUAUGGCCUAUAUGCAUUCAAGGCACUCUUCUAUGGAGAUAGUUGCAAUUUAUCCUGCAGUGUCAUCGAAGUCAUGAUAUCUGGAAAUAGUGGCAAAUUAAACUGAGUUUUGGUAUUGAUGGAAA